UCACCAAGGCGGCUGUCCUCGCAGAAGCGGGGUUCCGGUCUACAGAAGCGAGCCUAUUUGGGCUGUUCCUGUCUCCUGUGCCCCGCCCCGUGAAUUGUCACCGAUUUCAGGUGAUUUAAGGACCGGCCCCUGCAGGGUCACGGCCAAGGCUCUGGGUUUGGGACGCUCCAUCGCUGUCUCCGGGAGGGAGGCGCGCUGCAGAGGAGAAACCUUGACCGGAGAACAUUUCAGGGUAAGAAUAGGAAAAGUGCUGAGAAGAUGAAUCCCAAGACUGAUUUGGAAACAAACUUUGCUGAGUGUGUUUUAAAUGUAGGAAAAGUCAUCCUUGGGGAGAAGCAAAGGAAUGAAAUGGACCCUCACCUGCAGAAAGAACAGUAUCUAAGCAUCCUGCAUGCAAUAUGUGCUCUGCUGAAUUCUGGUGGAGGAGUGAUCAAGAUUGAGAUUGCGAAUGAAGACUACGAUUAUAGGAGCCAUGGAGUAGGAUUGAAAUGGCGUUCAAUGUUCAAUGGCUAUUUAGAUGAGAUGCAACAGGAAGACCAAAACCUCUUUUUCAUUUUUGUGAAAUCGUGGAAUGCAAAGGCCUCUGGGGUACGGCUUGCUACUUUGUCCUCCAAUUUGUACCAGAGACAUAAAACAUCUACUAAGGAGAUGACGUCUGAGGAAGCACUGGCAUUCCUCAAAGGGGAGACUCGGCCUCUUAGCAAUACUCAUGCUUCCAAUUUAAGCCCACAGAAUAUUCAGGAUUGUGUACAAAGCGAAGAUGACAUAAAGGCCUCCGCUGAUGCAUUAUUUGCUAGAGAUGACCUCCAGUACUUGGAAGAGCUCAGUUUUACUCAGUCCACUCAUGUUGAAUUUAAAAUGUUCUCAGAAGAGGAACUGCAACACUUUGAGAAGAAUCUCUCCAGAUGUGUGUCUGCAUUUGCAAACACCGAAGGAGGGUACAUAUUUUUUGGGGUGAAUGAAAAGACCCGUCAAGUUGUUGGAUAUGAAAAAAAGAAAACAGAUCUCACCACCAUCAGGAACUCCAUUGGUACCUGUAUUAGGAAGCUACCUGUCCAUCAUUUCUGUACCCAGAGGUGUGAGAUAAAAUAUGCCAUCAAAUUCCUUGAAGUAAAAAAUCAGCGGGCCCUCCAUGGAUAUGUCUAUGCAGUCAAGGUAGAGCCAUUCUGCUGUGCAGUGUUUGCCAAAGAGCCUAGUGCCUGGCAGGUGAAGGACAACCGGGUGGUACGGCUGGCCACAAAGGAAUGGGCAACUCGGAUGAUAGAAGCCGACCCAGAUCUUUCCAGACUUUCUGACAUGGUCCUUCAGCUGAGUGUGUCAGCUACCACACCCCAAAGCAGCAGUGUGUGCACUCAUAAGAAUUUGGAAUGUCUGGAAGAACUGCAAAAACGCCACUUUCCAGUAUCAUCAGACAGCGUGCUGUAUGUUCCACAAAAACUCUACAAGGAACUCUUCUCGGAAAAUGGAGGACUCAGAAGCUUAAUAAAUAAGGAAAUGCGCCGUGUCUCUCAAGGAAUAUUGAUUUUUUCUCGAAGCUGGGCUGUGGAUGUGGGUUUGCAAGAGAAGCAGGAAGUCAUCUGUGAUGUUCUUCUACUUUCCCAGAAAAAAAUCCCAGUCCUCUACACCAUCUUCAGAAAGGACGAUGGCUGUUGGAAGGACUAUACUAUGAGAGUCGCCCGAACCUUAAAGCAGAAGCUGGUGAACACAGGUGGCUACACUGGAAAAUUGUGCAUCAUUCCCAAGGCCUUCCUGCUGAAUCCUGAUAAAACAACAAAGGCCCUUCAUGGUUCAGAAUUGCCAAGUUACCCUCCGUCCUAUUGCCGGAUGACCACAGAGGACAUGGAAGUUCUGCUGCAGUCCCUAGUGAUAGUAUUGUGUGGGUUCAGAUCUUUGUUAAGUGAAGAGGUGGGCUGUGAGGUUUUGAAUCUACUCACAGAUAAGCAAUAUGAGGUGCUUUCAAAGAACCUUCGCAAGACCAGAUUGCUGUUUGUGCAUGGCUUACCUGGAACAGGGAAGACCGUCUUGGCUUUUAAGAUCAUAGAAAAGAUCAGGAAUGUGUUUCACUGUCAACCAGGUGACAUUCUUUACAUCUGUGAGAACAAGCCCCUGCAAGAAUUCGUGAGCCACAAAAACAUCUGCCAGGCAGUGACCCGAAAAACCUUCAUGAACAAAAACUCAAACUUUGAAAAGAUUCAACACAUCGUCAUCGACGAAGCUCAGAAUUUCCGCACUGAAAAUGGGGACUGGUAUAAGAAGGCAAAAACCAUCGCUCAGAGAGGAAAAGAUGGCCCUGGAAUUCUCUGGAUCUUUCUGGACUACUUUCAGACCAGUCACACAGACUGCUGUGGCCUCCCCAAGCUCGGAGACCAGUACCCAAGAGAAGAGCUUGUCAGAGUGGUCCGCAAUGCAGACCCAAUAGCCAACUACCUACAAGAAAUAAUGCGCGAAGUCCGAGAAAAUCCACCACCUAACAUCCCCUCCGAGUCCCUGAAUAUAUUCAGUGAAGCUGAAUGGUCUCGAGGUGUUCCAGGCAACUUAGAGAUGAGUGAGCACAAGGAUAUAGAGCGAAUGAUGGAUUAUAUAGCAGGAAAAUGCCAUUCACUUUUGAAGGCUGGAUAUUCCUGCAAGGAUAUUGCUGUGAUUUGCAGCAUAGCAAGUGAUGUAUACAAAUAUAAAUCUAAGCUUCAAAGAGCAAUAAGGAAGAGAAAAAGGCCUCAGUCCAGUGAGGAAUCUCAGUCCAGUGAGGAAUCUGAUCAGUUAGUAGUAGAAAAUGCAUCAGCUAUCAUGGGCAAGCACAUUGUAUUUGACAGUGUCCGUCGAUUUUCAGGCCUGGAAAGAAACAUCGUGUUUGGGAUCAACCCAAGGGCAGCUGAGCCAACUGUUUUGCACAAUCUUAUGCUCUGUUUGGCUUCCAGGGCAAGGAAACACCUGUAUAUUCUGAAGUUUUCCAACUGACAGGAAGAUCCUAAUCUAAGUAGCCUUCAUCUCUGGUUAAGUGUGAAACUAUGUGAUUUAAACAUUUAAUCAUCAAAUAUUUAAUGAAUACUCAUCGUGAGCCAAGUGCUGGGGAUUAGGGAUAGGUUAGCAAACAAGACAGAUAAGAUUCACAGAGAGUAAAAAAAUUCAAAUACAAGAAAUUUCAGAUAGUAAUAAAGGACACCAGAGUAGUAAUUGGAGGGACCUGAGAUACAGACAUUGUGUGUGUGUGUGUGUGUGUGUGUGUGUGUGUGUGUGUGUAUGUAGAUAGGCAGGUAGAUAGAAAGAGGGGUUGGUUAUUUAGGAUGGUCAGAGGAGUGCUCAGUGAGGGAAGUCAUGAGAAAAUCUCUGAGCUGUAUGUGCCAGGCAGUCUCAGAUAUUUUCAUUAUUUUUAUCAGCCCUGGUGCAGAAAUGCUUGACUAUGACCUGCUGGGAGGGUAUGAGGAAUGGAAACAGGUAGUAUGUCUGGGCUCUUAUUGGCCAGGAAUGAUUGUAGCAUGUUUCAAAAUGUAUGAUCAGAAGGUACAAAUUACAUUUGUUGUUGUUAAUCCUUACCCAAGGAUAUUCUUUCCAUUGAUUUUUAGAGAGAGUGGAAGGG